AUGAGUUCGAUAAGGGGAACUGGUAAUUCAGUGGAAGAUGUAUUAAAGGCAACAUUGGAGUACUUGCAGGAUAAUCCAAAUGUCUCAUGUUUCUCAGAGAAUCGGGCAACUGCUUUGAAGACCUUGAGAACUAAGCCUAUGAUAAUCCUAGAGGAAAGCAUAAUGCUUAAGGCUAACUUCAAAAGUAUUGGUUUAGUUUUUGGAGAGUAA